AACUAGAUUUAAAACUUAAUAGUGUCAUUAAAAAUAAUUCCCUGUAGCUUUCAAUAUCAAGUAGGAUUUUGCUGCAAAAGAAGAUUUAAGGACCUUUGUGAAACUACUACCCCAAGAAGCAGCCAUGCCUGGGGAAGGAGGAAAAACAGAUAUGGAGAGGAUUGGUCUCUUCAGUGAGAUGGAAUACAUUACUGUGGGUGAUAAAUAUGUGUCACCGUUCAAUCGACCCUUUAAUGAGGCUGCAAGCAAAAAUAGACAGAUGCUACCUGGGGGAUCCAAAGCAAUGUCACAUCUCCAGGCAGGAUACUUUGAUCCCCAGUUUACAAGGGUAUUUGAAGGGGAAGGCUAUGUGAAUCUGAAUCAAGUGAGGAGACAAUAUAUGAUGGAAGAAUCCAAGAAGAAUCUAGCCAAAGCCUUCAUCCCCAGCAGUGGAGAGAAGAAGCCAAGUGGAUUAGGAAGCUAUUAUGGAACAAUUGGUGGCCCCGUACCAUUCUUCAGUGCACAGACAAAACCCAAGGACAAGUAUCACCCACCUGGGAAGAAUUUAUAUACCAACCCAGGAAAAAGGGGAACUGGAUAUGGCUAUGCCAAUGUUACCAUAGGCAGACAGCUUUCACACUCUGAGGACUUAUAUGAUGCAGCAAGACUGAGUCAUAAGAAGGACAAUGAAGAACACCACCGGUUACUCAAAGGGUCACCUUUCAAAUUAAAUCUUCACCCAAGGGAGUAUUUUGACAAUAACCCCUAUUUGCUAGAGAACCCUUUACCUCCAGUUAAGAGAGAAGAAAAGAAGGGAGUCACUUUAAAGCCUUUUAAGCCCUCCUCUCCUGGUAAAAAGGACGGCGGGAUGAAGGCUGGAACAUUUGAACCUUACCCAGCACACUCGGCUGACCCGUAUGUGAUUAAACUGGGAAGGGUGAUGCCCGGGAAAGGUGAAAAGGUUUUCCACCCACCAAAUGGACCAAAGAGCAGACCCAUGGAAAGUAUAAUGGCGCGGAAUGUCAAAAGGGCACUAAAUGUGAAGAACUACAAGGAUGUCUCAGCAGACAUGCUGGGAAAGCAACUAGUUUUCUAGAUCCUCCCAGUAACUCACUAGAAUGCACAGUGUUAUGGAC